UUUCUAACAGAAUCGAGACGAGCUGCCGUUUGCGAUGAAGGACCGACUGGUCGAGCUGACUGCCAGGAGAACAUGGGCGGAGGAAGAUCAGGUCGCGGCGUCGGCGGAGCGAGAAAGUUUGAUGGAGGGCUUCUUCAGGAGGGCGGAGGAGGUUCGAGGACUGCUCGAUCGCAUCCGCUCGCAAGUGCGAGACGUGAAGGAGACGCACAGCGCGAUUCUGCCAGUAAGCUCCUCCCACCCGACCUCAGAAACAAAAGCUCGUCUGAACGCCCUGACCGAUGACAUCGAAGGCAACGCCGACGUGGCGCGAACCAAACUCAAAUCCUCGGAGCGGAACAUGCCCCGAGACGACGCGGCGAACAGAUCCUCUGUCGACCUCGGGAUCCAGAAAACACAGCACUCGGUGCUGUCCGGGAAGUUUGCGGAGGUCAUGACCCGGUACAACGAGGCGCAAGUUUCCUUUCGGGAGCGAAGCAAAGGACGGAUCCAAAGACAGCUGGAAAUAACGGGACGCGUCACCACCAACGAAGAACUGGAAGACAUGCUCGAGAGUGGAAUUCCAUCCAUCUUCACAUCUGACGGAACACGAAACCUCGCCGGGCACAACGUGAGCUGCAACUGCUCUGUCGAACAAGAUUCAAAUGGAAAACUGUAGAAAUUCUGUCGUGC